UUAGGGAAUUUUAGUUUGGGAUCUUUUGCGGACUUAGAGGCAGGGGACGGGGUCAUCGCGAUUGCCCGGAAGACGAAACGAAAUAAAGAACACUGGGAAACUGAGCGUAGUAUUGGAACCUGAGGAGGCUGGGUUGGAAGUCCAGUAGGAAGAAAGAGAUAGGGUACUUGUUGGGACACGUGACUAGAAUUUAGACCUGCAAGCCGCGAUGGAUGUAGAAAAAGAAGUGAUUUAAGGGAAAGAACUCUAGGUAGAAAUUUUUUUCCAGGAGAACACCCUGAGUGUUUGUCCAGCCUUGAUGAAAGACAACAGAGAAAUGAAACGCCUUUUUGUGGGUGGUCUUGGGCAGAAUAUUUCUGAGGCAGACCUGCAGAAUCAGUUCAGCAGAUUUGGAGAAGUUUCUGGUGUGGAGAUCAUCACUCGGAAAGAUGAUCAAGGAAACCCACAGAAAGUCUUUGCGUAUAUCAACAUCAGAGUAACAGAAGCAGACCUGAAAAAAUGUAUGUCUGUUUUAAAUAAAACAAAAUGGAAAGGUGGGACACUGCAAAUUCAGCUAGCAAAGGAAAGUUUUUUGCACAGAUUGGCCCGAGAGAGAGAAGAAGCAAAAGCAAAGAAAGGAAUAUCAACAACAGGCAACACCAGCUUGUUAGAAAAGAUGAAAACGGUGGAUUUCCAUGUGAAAGCUGUGCCAGGAACAGAAGUACCAGGACACAAAAAUUGGGUUGUGAGUAAAUUUGGAAGAGUCUUACCUGUCCUUCAUCUGAAGAAUGAACGUAAACAUAAAAUCAUGAAGUAUGAUCCCUCAAAAUACUGCCACAACUUAAAGAAGAUAGGGGAGGAUUUCACAAAUGCUGUCCCUAUAUCCAGCCUCACCUGGGAACUGGAAGGAGGGAAUGAUCCUAUGAGUAAGAAACGGCGAGGAGAAUUCUCUGACUUUCACAGCCCUGCCAAGAAGAUAAUAAAAGUGCAGAAGAAUGAGGGUUCUACUGCAUUUCUAACCAUGAGAUCAAAACCUAGUAGCGUAAUGCAGAGUCCGCAUUUAAUACAACAGGUUGCACAAAAAACACCUCAUAAUUCCAUUACUCCUAAAUCACCCAGUAUAACUGAUUUUGAUCAUCAGAAAUUUAAAAAUGUAUUUUUUCAGACUUCUGGUUUAGAAACUACCAAAAACAGAAAUAGCAUAUCUGAUGAUGAUAUUGAUUCUGAAGAUGAAUUGAGACUAAUGAUUGCAAGAGAGGAAAACUUAGAGAAAACUACAUGGUCCUCAGAUGAAUUUGAAAAUGAUCCCUUUGAAGUUGUAAGGGAUGAUUUUAAAUCUGAUUUUCACAAAUUUCAUACUUCAACAGGUUUAGGCCUCAAAAACAGUGUCUCUUGCCUCAACAGUGAAAAUAAUGUUAUGGAAAAUGGUUGUGACUCUGAUUCAGGAGAUACAGAUGAAAUCAUUGCAAUGAAAAAAAGUUCUGGUAAGAUCGAAAACGGUGUAGAUUUUUCACAAAGAGAAAAGUCUAUGGACAAGAAGACUUACUUGAAAAACAGAAAAAAGUAUGAUCUUUCUGAUGGCUGUGUUAAAGAACAAAAAAGAAAAAACAAAGUAGAGAUAGCCCUCAGUCACAGAGUUAAGCCUCUUAGUUGUAAAUCUCUGAUUGAGUCCAGCAGCAGUGAAGAUGCUGAUUCUGUAUCAGAAUCGACUGCGUGUGAAGGAGAUAAGGAGUAUAACACCUUGAUGGAAAACUGUCUCCGUGUGAAUCUGACUUUGGCUGAUUUGGAACAGUUGGCUGGCAGUAACCAGGAGGCUCGAAAAGAAAAGACUGAGAGCAAUGGCCAGGAAACCACUGCCAAGGGUGACAGGGCCUCCAAAAGCCAAAGGACUCCAGGUAGCCUCCGCAGAGGCCAGCAGUGUAUUCACCCUGAGGAGAUUGUGGCUUCUCUUUUAGAAGGAAGAGAGAACCCACAUGGAAAACAGAAACCAAAGGAAAAUACCUUAAAGCCAAAAUUUCAGGCUUUCAAAGGAGUGGGCUGUCUCUAUGGAAAGGAAUCAGUGAAAAAAUCCUUGCAAGAGAGUGUUGCUUCUAAUAAUAUUAAUAAAGAUCAAAUUUCCUUGAAACUUGAGGAACCGAGGAACAUGUCCAUGGGAAAAUGGUCCCUAUGUGCUAAUGGCCUAUCAAAUGAACAGACUCCUUUCCAACAUGGAAAGGAGGCAAAUGAUGCAAACCAAAUUCAGCCUCAAAAGAGAGAGUCUUUUGCGAGCCAGAGUCACAAAGUGGUGUCCCCUAACUGUUCAGAAAAGAGAAAUAGAAAUCCUAUUUCUAGUCUGUUGCCACUGAAAGAUAAGAAAUCUUUAAGUUGUGGUACUAAGACUCCCAGCAGAGGCCUUGAUGAAGACUGUUGCCACAGGACUGGACAGUCAGGAGAAGGCUCUGAAAGAAGGCCUGAUCUGUGCAGCUCCCAGGCCCCUGAGAAACCACCAGAGGUUUUCUCAAGGAGAGACUCCGAGGGAAGCAAACCUGACUUCCCACUUCCUGUUAAUAGUUCAUCAGAUGUUAAUGCUAAGGAUAAGCAUGCUGAAGAUAAUCAGAAACGUUUGGCAGCCUUAGAGGCAAGGCAGAAAGCCAAAGAAGUCCAAAAGAAGUUGGUUCACAAUGCUCUGGCAAAUUUGGAUGGUCAUCCAAAGGACAAGCCGACGCACAUCAUCUUUGGUUCCAAUAGUGAAAGUGAAACAGAGGAGACAUCCACUCGGGAGCAAAACCAUCCAGGAGAGGAACUGGUAAAAGAGUCCAUGGGUAGAGCCUCUGGGAAGCUGUUUGACAGCAGCGAUGAUGAGGAAUCUUGUUCCGAAGAUGACAAUAACAGGUUCAGAAUUAAACCUCAGUUUGAGGGCAGAGCUGGACAGAAGCUCAUGAAUUUGCAGUCUCGCUUUGGCACUGAUGACAGAUUUCGCAUGGACUCCCGAUUUCUAGAAAGUGAUAGUGAAGACGAACAUGAAGAAAUAAAUGAAAAGAAAACUGCUGAGGAGGAAGAGCUUGCUGCAGAAAAAUUGAAAGCCCUGAAUGUUGUGCAGAGUGUUUUGCAGAUCAGCUUAAGCAAUUCUACAAGCAAAGGAUCAGUAGCUGCUAAGAAAUUUAAGGACAUCAUACAUUAUGAUCCAACAAGGCAUGACCAUGCCACUUACGAAAGAAAGCAGGAUGAUAAACCAAAAGAAAGUAAAGCAAAACGAAAGAAGAAAAGGGAGGAAGCUGAGAAACUCCCUGAGGUGUCUAAAGAAAUGUAUUAUAACAUUGCUACGGAUUUAAAACAAAUAUUCCAAACUGUAAAAGAUACUAGUGAAAAGGAAGAUAACACACCUUGGAAUGAGGACUCUGAUGGAGAGAAAGCUGAGGUAGUCCAGGACACUCCAGCUCUGAUGACUCAGGAUGAACAAACCAGCGGGUUCACAUUUUCCUUUUUUGAGUCUGACGCCAAAGAUGAAAAGGAAGAGACCUAUAGAGUUGAAGCAGUAAAACCUGGGAAGAUCGCCUGGCAGGGAGACCCUCGUUUCCAAGACAGCAGUUCAGAAGAGGAAGAUGUCACUGAAGAAACAGAUGACAAAAAGCAGAGCCCUGAAGAAGUAUCAUUAUCUGAGAAAGAGACUACUAGAUUUUUCUUUUUCUCUAAGAAUGAUGAGAGACUUCAUGGUUCUGACUUAUUUUGGAGAGGAGUGGGAAGCAAUAUUAGCAGGAAUUCUUGGGAGAUCAGAACAAACAAUUUGCGUAUGGACUGUCGGAAGAAACAUAAAGAUGCCAAAAGGAGAGUGAAGCCAAAACAAUAAAUGUCAUCAUUAGUUUUGAUACUGAUUGUAAAGAAGUCUCACCAUGGAAAUUGGAGUGAUCUAGAAAAUUAUUUUAGCUGGCAAAGAAUUCAGAGUGAAGGAAUAUUCUAAAUCUUACCUGGUGGAUAUCAUUCUGAUUGCUUUCUUUUUCUGUAGAUUUCCUAUUUGUUCUUACCUAAUUACUUCAAACAACCUGAACAUUUGUUUUAAUGAAGCAUACGAUAGUCCCUCAAAAUACUUUGUAUAUAUUUGCCCUCCAUCUUCAAUAACUAAUGGACAUUUCUUGACAUGAGGUUUUAAAAUAUAUGCAUCAGAGCACUUAUAUUUUCCAAGUUAUGUUUUAUAUAAAUUAUACUUGAAAUAUUUCUGAUUGUAUUAAAUACACCUUACCUCCA